AUGGCAAAGCAUGGUGGUGCAAGCAUCAUGAUAUGGGGAUGUUUCUCAUACUACGGUGUUGGGCCUAUUUAUCGCAUUCCAGGGAUCAUGGACCAGUUUGAGUACAUUAAAAUACUUAAAGAGGUCAUGUUGCCUUAUGCCAAAGAGGAAAUGCCCUUGAAAUGGGUGUUUCAACAAGACAACCCCAAACACACCAGUAAGCAAGCAGCAAUUUGGUUCCAGACCAACAAGAUUAACGUUAUGGAGUGGCCAGCCCAAUCCCCGGACCUUAAUCCAAUAGAAAACUUUCUAUGGACAGAUUUCGAGCGCGCUACCAUCCAGGACAUCUUUUCCAAGAUCGACUACAAGUCUGUCGGUCACCAGGCCCUGUCAAGGUGUCUGGUCGUGUACCCAUGGACCCAGAGGUAUUUCGCCAGCUUUGGAAACUUGUACAACGCCGCUGCCAUCGUGGGAAAUCCCAAGGUUGCUGCCCACGGCCUGACGGUAAUGCAAGGGCUGGAGAAAGCGGCGAAGAACCUGGACAACAUUAAGGCCACUUACGCCGAGUUGAGUGUGCUGCACUCUGAACAUCUGCACGUGGAUCCCGAUAACUUCAAGCUGCUGGCUGACUGCAUUACCAUUGUAGUUGCCUCUGUCCUGGGUGCGAGCUUCACAGCUGAAGUGCAGGCAGUUCUGCAGAAGUUCCUGGCUGUCGUAGUGUCUGCACUCGGAAAACAGUACUAUUAAAUGCUAAAUCUGCUUUGAUGACCAGAGAUUAUUAAUUGUAAAUAUUCUUAAUUUUCUGCGUUGUAGUCGAACUUUGUCGGUUAAUGCAAAUAAAUGUCUAAAUAAUCAAUA